UCUAGUUAGUUUUCUACUACAUCAUCAAUCUAAAGAACUACUGAAGCUUUGAGACUAUCACUCGUUCAAGGCUUAUAACCUGUCACGAUGCGUGCUAUCAUCUCUCUUCUCUUGGUGGCUGCGGCCGCUGCUGACCUGGCGCCUCUUUUAGAAAACAGCGAGCCCGUCCCGGGAAAGUACAUCAUAAAGCUAAAGAAUGGAAUCAACGUUGAUGAAAUGACCACUACUGUAAGUCUCUUCGGCGGAAAAAUUGGUUACAAGUUUCGUCGCGCUCUAAAUGGAUUUGCCGCCGAACUCGCCGAUAAUGUACUUGACAUUGUCCGCAACCUCCCUGCCGUUGAGUAUGUUGAACAAGAGGGUAUCUACCGCCCUCAGGGGGUCACGUGGGGGCUAGACCGUAUCGACCAAACCAAUCUUCCACUCGACGGCCGAUAUAACCCCUUCGCUACUGGCAAAGGGUACACAGUCUGGGUACUCGACUCAGGUAUCAGAGAGAGCCACAACGAAUUCGAGGGGCGUGCCUACCAGGUUGCAAAUUUUGCUGACAAAUAUGACUAUGACUGCUACGGGCAUGGAACCCAUUGUGCUGGAACAGUCGGCGCUAAGAACUACGGAGUUGCUUCAGAGGUCACUAUCUAUAGUGUUAAGGUCUUCGACUGCAACGGUUAUGCGACCACCAGCUGGAUCAUCAAGGCUGUAGAUUACACGAUAGAAUACGCUAACAGAUAUUCCGUAGCAUCGAUGUCUAUUGGUGGCGGGAAAUCAAGAUCAAUGGACGAGUCCGUCGAAGAGUUGGUCAAAUCAGGAGUUCCCGCUGCCGUAGCGGCUGGUAAUGAGAAUGAAAAUGCCUGCGAUCAUUCUCCUGCGGCUGCCCCCUCUGCCAUCACCGUAGGGGCGUCUGACUGGAAAGAUUUGCGUGCUGAGUUCUCCAACUGGGGCCCCUGCCUAGACAUCUACGCCCCUGGGUUAUACAUAGACUCGCUGGGUUACCGUACUGACUAUGAAAUCACACAAAAGAGCGGAACAUCCAUGGCCUGCCCGCAUGUUGCCGGUGCUAUCGCCCUCUACGCCAAGAACACUGACAACUUGUUAGCGUACAGCAACAAAGACAAGCUGGGCUGGCUGUCCUCGGCAUGCCCUAACAAGCUUCUCUAUGUGUAGGUGAUGGAACAGGCUCCUCUAACGCUGACCAAAAAAAGAAAUCACUGAAAUACAAAAAUACAGACAUUUUAUCCCAAUCAGAUUCAAUGACACAAUCCACUUCAUAUCAAAUUUUUAAGUGAUAAAAAUAACGACUAACAAUAAUAUAAUCACAUUUCCCCCCGACUGUAUUGUUGAUAAUAGUUUUUCCAUAAAUUGAUUGGUUAAAAUUACUUACGUAUUUUACCUAGCCAAAAUGAAAAACUAUGAUGACUAGGAAAUCUUCUGGGUACGGAUAAAGGCCUGUUAUUCAAAUUGUAUGUCUACAGGAAUAAUAAAGAAACAAAGUGUUUAGGAUUUCAGCAGUGUAUCUUGAGGAUCUAUAAUUUUCGAUAAAUAUCUUAUUUUAUCCGACUAGCAAUUUUAUUGUCAGUUUAUUGUAAUGUUGUUAUUUAUUUAUAUAUUGUUAUGUUAUAUUGUUUAUUGUUAAAACCAAGCUUCGCGAUGAUUCCGAGUUUGUUCUAUACUCUUGGCUUCGUCUAGCGCCAUGUUAUUUCUUUAACGAUUAAACUAUUGAUGAGACCUCAUCUCUCUUGA